AAGAAGAGUGCGCAUGCGCAUUCAGCUUCCCUGUAGUAAAUGGAGGCAUCUUGAAAUGUCGCCUGGAGACCGGUUGCUGUAAAGACUGACUACACACGAUGAUAAUGUGUUUCAUAUUUACCAGCUAGAGUUAGUUUGUGUAGAGAGCGGUCACUAUGGACGGUAGAUGUGAUGGUGCUGAUGAAGUGGAGGCUGAGGGAUCCUCAUCUCCAACUGCAAUACACUCUCCUGUCAUGGACCGUAACCCAUCACCACCUCCAGACACAGCCGACGGAGAGGAGGACGGAGACCUGGAUGCCAUUGGAGACACCGUUUACAGCAAACACUGGCUUUUCAGCACCCUGACUCGUCUCAUCCAUAUGGUCACAGAGCAUUCAGAAGUGGAUUUUGAGGGUCAGAUGCAGCUCCCUGAUGAUGAUGAGGAAGAUCUGUGUAGAGUCUGGGAUAUGGCGAUGGAUAAGGACGUGGCUGGUUUUCUGCAGGAAUUCAAAGCUACAGAUAUCCUUCUAGGGGUGAUAGCCAAAUCUUGUUGUCCACGUCUCACAGAAAUUUGUGUGGGAAUCCUGGGAAACAUCGCUUGUUUUCCCGACACUUGUCUUACUCUCAGCCAAAACGACGACUUGGGAGCUGUGCUGUUGCUUCUUCUUGGAGACGCAGAUCCUCCGACCAUCCUGGAAACAAGCAGAUUGCUGCUGACUUGUGUCUCUCAAAAAGAUGUCUGUUCCUUGUGGCUUCAGCGAAUAAAACAGCAGACGUCUGUGCGCUCCAACCUCUGUUUCAUCAUGUGCAGCUCUACCAACACCGACCUGAUUGAGAAGGUUGGAGAGCUGGUCGACAAACUGUUCGACCUUGACGAAGAGCUGAUGAAGAGUUGGAUCACAGCUCAGCCAAGUGAAGAGGAGGGGGGUGAUGGUGAAAGCCAUCUGGAUGUGGUCUCAUGUCUUCUCGAGGCUGCCAAGCAGCUUAGAUCAGAGAGUCCGAAUGGCUUAGAGGUAUACCUUCACGCCCUCCAACUUCUCACCACCAUAGAUGAGGGGAUUCAGAGUUUUGCUGCCCCCGAUGGACCCGGAAAAGCAGUAUGGGACUUCAUCUGUGACGUUGUGUGUGAGGACCUGUGCCAGCCAAAUGAUCUUCCAGUUGUCCUGCAAGAGCAGAAGAGCAUUUUGGUUCAGGCAUUUUCUGUGCUGCACGCUCUUUAUAGAUGCCAGGACCAGUGGUGCAGCAAAAGGGACACAAGUCUACCUCUUAUUGGGACCAUUCUGCGGGUGCUUCAGUACCACAGGGAGGGCAAACAUGACAGUGCAAGCAAAGAAGACACAAGCGACGAACAGCUCCAGGCUCUAGCAGAGAUCACAGCUGAGUUUCUAGCUGACAUCUGCAUUCAGAUUCCCAAGGACACUGUGGCAGAUUUGGUGGCAAAAGGCUACCUUACAGAGAAGACUUCUCUCACAGCUGCAAGCAGUUUAAUGCCGAACUUUAAGACUUCAUUUCAGCACCUGCAGUCCAUGUUGUCAGAGACUGAUCCCCAACUGGCAGACGUUGUGAGGAAACAGUUUCCUGUCUGAGGCACCCAGCAGAUCAGUGUUCAGCACUCAUCCAGACUCUCAUUGCUGCUUUUUUUGUAGUGGCUUUUUUUUUUUUUUACCUCUCCAAAGAUCCUGCCUCAAGUCAUGCUUACUACAUGGAUUUCCGAUGGGAAGACUCGACAAGGUUUUCACUCCAUCACAAGUGACAAACUUAACAAAAUUCCCUAAAAUUUAAUUGUGUAAUGGUUUAAUGUUUUCUUUAUUGCUCUGUGAAUGCUAUUUUUGUAAUAAAUAACUUACUUGUCUUUUAUGAAAAAAGAUCCUUCUUUGAAGAAUUUGUGCUUAGAAGCUUUUAUCCUCAUACAUGUUGGCUCAAUGCACAGUUUUAAGCAAUUGAUGGAAAAAAAAUCCCUCACUGGUGAAAAGCCUUUUUGGCAUUUAAUUUUAACAUUUUUUCUUUCUUUUUAAAAAUGGUCAGUACCAGGAAGCAUGAAACACGUAUACACAUGCGAUGUCAGGAAAAUAAAAUAAAAGAUAAAUGAUAAGUAGGACAUACAGACAUGUGAGAUUCGGUCCACAAUAAAAAGAAAAGAAAACGUCAACUUUA